AUGCAGUGGACUGUCCAGGUUGCCAUGGUUCUCCUGAACAUUGCAUGGGUUCUCUUCUUUUUACAACCACAUCCUUUCUCAGUGUCUGUACAGAGAAGAAGCACUGACAACAUCAAGGAGUUUUGUAUUAAACUUCCAUCUGAUCAGAACUGGACAUCAACUCCACAUUCAGUCAACAUUACUGCUAAUGAAACUAGUAAUACCAACAUAACUUUUCAAGGCCAGUCUUCAUCUAUUCUACAAAUAGACCACAAAUUCAUCAAUUUUCUUCUGUCAGACAUCAACCUGGUAUCUGUGACACCACAAUGCAAACCUAACGUAAUUUUAACCUUUGCCAACAAAGAGGUGUGUAUCCAUGUGGAAAAUUUCAUCCCUGCCAUUACUCCACUUAUUGUUGUUUUGAGCUCGUCAAAUGCAAAUGGUCCUGAUGAGUGCUGCUUCAAAUUCUACCCGAGAAGAGUGAACAAAAAAUUAAUCUCCUCAUACUAUAUGACUGAUUACUGCUGCCCGUGGACUGGAGUCAUUUUGAUGACCAAAAAAGGACGUCACAUCUGUGCAGAUCCCAAUCUCACCUGGGUUCAAAGCAUCAUGAAAACUCUGGAUAAAGCCCUCCUGUAAAGCAGCCCUC